AUGGCACGGCUUAUGCUGAGCCCCGCUGUGAAGAGUCUGACCUUGGACCCUUCGCCCCUUCGCACCGCACGCGCCGCCCCCGUGCUGCGCCGGUCCGCGGCUGUGUCAGGCAACACAACCAAUUCUCGCCCUGGUCGCUUCGCUGUGCCAAUUCUGGCCGGAGUGGCAGCUACAGUUUCCGCACGUCGCCGAAGGAGUGUGGCUAUGGCAGCGGAGCAGACCAUUGAGGCCAAUGCUUACUUGAAGUCCAAGGUGGAGGAGAUGGUGGCCCUGCAACCCAUCAUGGUCUUUUCCAAAUCUUGGUGCCCCUUUUGCAAGAAAGCCAAGGAGGCGAUGGAAGAGCAGGGCAUUCGAUUUGCCGUUUGUGAGCUGGACACCCUAGGAGAUGAAGUUGAAGCUCAGGUGCAAGACAUUCUUUUGGGCAUCACCGGGGCCCGCACCGUGCCACGUGUCUUCGUGGACGGCAAGUGCAUUGGUGGAGGCACCGACACCGUGAAUCUUGCUGCAGAUGGGACUUUGUCGAAGCUCGCAGGAGAGGCCAUGGAGAACUUCAAGACGAAGCUCCAGGGCGCAGGAAGCUUUGACCUGCAGAAAAGCGACCAGGAGUGGCAGUCGGCCUUGGAUGCGGAGCGUUUCCAGAUUCUGCGCCGGCGAGGUACGGAAAUGCCUGGAUCCCAUGAGUACGACAAGUUCUUGCCAAAGGCGGGUCAUUUCUCAUGUGGAGCUUGUGGCUUGCCACUCUACUCGGCAGGAUCCAAAUUCGCCUCGACAUGUGGCUGGCCUGUCUUCGACAAGUGCUAUUCAUCCAAAGACCUGGGACAACACGUCUUGGGACAGCCCGACGGCACGGGCUCCUUGGAGAUCGUUUGCACCCGUUGCGGCUCUCAUUUGGGCCAUGUCUUCUACGAUGCGAUCUCCGAGACCAACCCGAAUGAGGAACGUCACUGAGCCAACGGGCUCUCUCUCCAAUAUCUGGAGGGAGAGCCUGAGGAGGAGCUGACCGAAGACAAGCUGAAGCUUGUCUAAGCACUGCAGCCUGUGCGCAGAUGCAGAUACGGCGGAGAAGUUUUGGAAUGAAACCACC